AUGAAUGGUGACCAAACUAGUCUUAAGAAAAUAGUUGAAAAUUUGAAUACAGUUGAUUUUGCUGAAGACGUUGAGGUAGUGAUUGCACCACCAACAAUAUAUCUCGAUUUUGUUCGUAAAUCGGUUCGUAAAGAAAUUGAAGUUGCCGCUCAGAAUGCAUAUAAAGUUUCUAAAGGAGCUUUUACUGGUGAAAUUAGUCCGGAAAUGUUAAAAGAUCUUGAUAUUAGAUGGGUAAUUUUAGGUCAUUCUGAACGUAGAACAAUUUUUCAUGAGUCCGAUGAGUUCAUCGCAUCCAAAAUUUCACAUGCAUUAGAAGUUGGAAUAAAAGUAAUUGCAUGUAUUGGAGAAAAGCUUGAAGAACGUGAAGCGGGAAUUACCAAUGAUAUAGUAACCAAACAACUUGUUGCUAUCUCUCAGAAAAUUAAAGAUUGGACAAAUGUUGUUAUUGCUUAUGAACCUGUUUGGGCUAUAGGUACCGGAAAAGUGGCAACACCUGAGCAAGCUCAAGAGGUUCACAAUUAUAUUCGUAAUUGGUUAAUUAAAAAUGUAUCAGAAGAAACAUCUCGAAAUACGCGUUCUGUUACUGGUGAAAAUUCAUCAGGACUUGCCCAAAAACUAGAUAUUGAUGGAUUUUUAGUUGGAGGUGCAUCUUUGAAACCGGAAUUUGUUACCAUAAUUAAUUCUCAUACCUAA